AACAAUUGUUAUUCAUUUAUUGUUUACAUAUCUACAAUCUUAUAGAGAUCAAAUCAACCACAAAUGAGUUCCCCUAAUCACGAGAGCUCAACCCAGCCAAGAGACAGUCACAAUGACGAUAGUUUAACUCAAGCAGAUUCAUUAAACCAACAAGAUCCAGGUGCAGCUGUUCCAUCUUCUCCAUUAUUUGUUCAGCAGUCCUCAGAUAUUGGUACAAACGCUAACGUUGGCUCUGGAUCUCAAAGACAGCAGGAUGUUUCAUCUCCUAUUUUCUUUCGUUCCUCUUCUCAACCUGCUUCAGAUGUCCAUGGUGCUGGUAACCAAGGUGUGAGUUCACCACUUCAUUAUUCAUCCUCAGCUCAAAAUUCAGAUAGACCAGAUAGAAGAACUCGUCAUAGAAGAGGUGAUAUCCAUUCUUCAGAUAUUUCAUCACCAAUGAGAAGAAGGAUGUUUGAAAAUCAAAUACCUUCUUCGCAACCAGGAAACGUUUCCUCAAAUUUGGGUAAUGAAGACAUUGAUGAACCAGUAAGAAUCAUUUGGGGUACAAAUGUUAGUAUUCACGAAUGUUCAAAUGCUUUUAGAAAUUUUUUGAUGUCAUUUAAACCAAAAUAUAGAAAACUACUAGAUGGUGAACCAAUUGAUUACGAUGAAGAUGAAGAACUUUAUUAUGUUAAUGAACUAAAUUCAAUGAGAAACUCUUUAUCAACAAACUUGAAUUUGGAUGCCAAAAACUUAUUAGCUUAUCAAGCCACCAAAAAACUAUAUUAUCAAUUACAAAAUUAUCCACAAGAAGUCAUCCCAAUUAUGGAUCAAACUGUUAAAGACUGUAUGGUUUCAUUAAUUGUUGAAAAUGAUUUAGAUCAUGACAUCAGUGAUAUCGAAGGAAGAAUUUAUAAGAUCAGACCUUUCAAUGUUGAAACUCAAAGGGGUAUGAGGGAACUAAAUCCUGGCGAUAUUGAUAGAUUAGUCAGUGUGAAAGGUUUAGUCUUGAGAGCUACACCAAUUAUCCCAGAAAUGAAGGUUGCAUUUUUCAAGUGUAAUGUUUGUGAUCAUACAACAGUUGUUGAAAUUGAUAGGGGUGUUAUUCAAGAGCCAACAGUUUGUCCAAGACCAGCAUGUGCUCAACCAAACUCAAUGGUUUUAGUUCAUGUCAGAUCAUCAUUUGCUGAUAAACAAGUUAUCAAAUUACAGGAAACGCCAGAUAAUGUUCCAGAUGGUCAAACUCCACAUUCUGUUUCUUUGUGUGUCUAUGAUGAAUUAGUUGAUAGUGUGAAGGCUGGUGAUCGUAUUGAAGCUACAGGUAUUUUCAGAUCUAUCCCAGUCAGAGUUAAUUCAAGACAAAGAGCUAUGAAAAGUUUAUUCAAAACCUAUUUGGACUUGGUCCACAUUAAGAAGAUUGACAAAAAGAGAAUGAACAUUGAUACAUCCACUAAUGUUGAUGGUCCUCAACCUCAAAAUCAAGAUGUUGAUGAAGUUCGUAGGAUUACAGAAGAUGAAGUUCAAAAAAUUAAAGAAACAGCUGCAAGAAAUGACCUUUAUGAAUUAUUAGCAAGAUCGUUAGCUCCAAGUAUUUAUGAAUUGGAUGAUGUUAAGAAAGGUAUUUUGCUACAGUUGUUUGGUGGUACUAAUAAGAUAUUUACGAAAGGUGGUAAAUAUAGAGGUGAUAUUAAUAUUUUGUUAUGUGGUGAUCCAUCAACUUCAAAAUCACAAAUUUUACAAUACGUUCACAAAAUUGCCCCAAGAGGUGUUUACACAUCAGGUAAAGGUUCUUCUGCGGUUGGUUUAACAGCAUAUGUCACAAGAGAUAUAGAUACGAGACAGUUGGUGUUGGAGAGUGGUGCUUUAGUUCUUUCAGAUGGUGGUAUUUGUUGUAUUGAUGAAUUUGAUAAGAUGUCUGAUGUCACAAGAUCCGUUUUACAUGAAGCUAUGGAACAACAAACCAUUUCAAUCGCUAAAGCAGGUAUCAUUACUACAUUAAAUGCAAGAACUUCUAUUUUAGCUUCUGCAAACCCUAUAAAUUCCAGAUAUGAUCCAAAUUUACCUGUCACUUCAAAUAUUGAUUUGCCUCCUCCAUUAUUGUCAAGAUUUGAUCUUGUUUAUUUGUUAUUAGAUAAAGUUGAUGAAAGAACAGACAGACAUUUAGCUAAGCAUUUGACAAGUAUGUAUCUUGAAGAUACACCGGAUAAUGUUUCCACCACAGAAAUCUUACCAGUUGAAUUUUUGACCUUAUACAUCAGUUAUGCUAAAGAGAAUUUUUCACCUGUGCUUACCCAAGAAGCUAAGGAUGAGUUGGUCAAGUCUUAUGUUGAUAUGAGAAAGAUGGGAGAUGACUCAAGAAGUUCAGAACGUCGUAUUACAGCAACAACUAGACAGUUGGAAAGUAUGAUUAGAUUGGCUGAAGCACAUGCUAAAAUGAGAUUAUCUAAAGAAGUCGAGUUGAAAGAUGUUCAAGAAGCUGUUAGACUAAUCAAAUCUGCUAUUAAAGAUUAUGCGACCGACCCAAUCACUGGUAAGAUUGAUAUGGAUUUGAUUCAAACUGGUCAAUCAUCUGCACAAAGAAGAUUAAAAGAAGAUUUAUCAAAGACCGUGUUUGAUAUUUUGGAACAAUACCCAGGUGAAGUUAUAACGUUCCCUGAGCUACAGAAGGUGUUGAAUGAACAGUCCCAAGACCCAGUCGAAAACACAGAGUUGAGUGAUGUUUUGAACAGACUUGUUAAUCAAGACAAGGUUAUUGUUAAUGGUGAAGGCUCAAGAAGAACAGUUCGUCUUGCGAGAAGAUGA